UCUAACCUCGCUCGUAAUGGCCGCGUUCACAAACAGUGAGUCAGUAAUUUUCUGUGAUUAAAUUUGUUUUUUUGGCACGAGAGAUAUUUAAAUGAGUAUAUUCGCGUGGAAAACAAAAUGCGUGGCACACGCGCGCGCGUCCGUAACUUGAGUUCUGAAUUUUGUUUUCCGAGAGAACGUGUUUUGUUUUUUUUUUUUUUUUGACGUUAUAGUAACACAGUACUCUCAUAUAAAAGACUUUUAAAAAGCUGCGUUGAAUAAUAACAAUAAAAAUAAUGGAGAGCGCUCAGUCGUUGUACAUCAGUCUCUUCAGCGAGGAAAAGAGCGACGUUCUAAAAGAGCUGUUACAUGCCUGUGUCGACGAAAUCUGUGGCCGUCCAGGGCCGUCGUAUCACAAGUUUAUCAACAGUAUGGAUUGGAGCAAGGCGGAAUAUGAAGGGGUUUACAAACUGAUCUCAGCACUGUUGAGAAAUCCUGCUUCAUUGUACAUGGUGGAGGAAAAGAUGCCGCAAGAAUAUCACGAAUUACCCGAGCAAGUGCAACAAAAUAUUCUUACUUGCUUGAGAGUGCGUAGGGAACAGUUGACAAACGCGUUAUUGAGGGAGCAUUACAAAAGAAAGCUGCCGACAGUCGUGGAUUUUGAUUGGAGAUUAAAACUGGUGAUGGGAUCGAGCAAGAUGGCUUCCUUGCGAGAAUCUCUUCUUCAGUUGGAUCUCACAACGGAAGACGCAGAAUCUCGGCGCGUCACGAACUUGGAACUCAACAAGGAUGAGUUGGACACGGUAAUAAACGCUCUGGAAGCCGCGGUGUGACAUUUUCUGAUUUAUAUUCUCUCUUUGUGUGUGCAAAAAACCAAAAAUUGAUUUAUAUAUAUAUAUA